GGAGAGCGGAGCGAGGAGACGGUGGGGGAGGGUCACGUGUGUAUACACUGCAGGGCUCAGAGCACUCCUCCACUCCAGCGGCAGUAGUAAAGUCUCUAACGGUCGGCCCCUUUUCUGCGCAAGCCUCGUCAGAAAAGUUGAUAAAUGAAGAGAAUUUAACUGAAAGGGACCAUUUUCGCCGCCACAGGGCUUUUUGAGCACGUGCGGAGCAGAAGACUCAUUUUAAUUCGCGUUUUUUUUCUCCCCCCAAAUGAAACGACUAAGAAAUGCCUAUGGAAAUGCUACAUCCAAACCCGAUGCCGCCGUAGGUUUGUCACCCAUCCAAACCUAUACGUUCGAGUCAACCUGUUGAGAGUGCUCGAGCAGCGCCAGAGCCCAGCGAUGUGGAUCUGCAUGGUUUACAAUGAGACGGACACCAGCGUGGACUUCUGGCUCUGCCAGGACUUGGGCCUCAUCCUGUCGGUCUUCUCCCUCAUCUACCUCCUGGUGUGCUUCCCGCUGGGGCUGUGCUACAACAUGCUGCUGGUGGUGGUGAACCUCUCCAACAAGGUGUCCAUGACCAUGCCCGACGUCUACUUCGUCAACAUGGCCAUCGCGGGCCUCGUCCUCAACCUGGUGGCGCCCGUGGAGCUCCUGAGCUCCACCUUCACCCGCUGGCACGUGUGGGAGUACAACAACGAGAUCUACAUCACCCUGCUCAUCCUCUUCAACAUCUCCUCCCUGGUCAUCAUGUACUCCACCACGCUGCUCAGUCUGGACUACUACAUAGAGCGGGCGCUCCCGCGCACGUACAUGUCCAGCGUGUACAACACCAAGCACGUUUGCGGCUUCAUCUGGGGCGGCGCGGUGCUCACCAGCUUCUCCUCGCUGCUCUUCUACGUGUGCAACCACAUCUCCACGAAGAUGGUCGAGUGCUCGAAGAUGCAGAACGAGGAGGCGGCGGACGCCAUCAUGAUGUUCAUCGGCUACGUGGUUCCGGCCGUGGCCGUGCUCUACGCGUUCGUGCUCAUACUGCGCAUCAGGAAGGAAUCCACGCCUCUGGAUCAGGACUCCGCUCGCCUGGACCCCUCCAUACACAGGCUGCUGUUGGCCUCGGUGUGCGUGCAGUUUGUGCUCUGGACCCCGUACUACAUGACCCUUCUGGUACACACCGUAGCUGGUGCGCCGGGGUACAUUAGCAAUUCGCGUUACUUACCUACCUAUUAUUUCCUGAGAUGCUUGUCUAAGCUGCUGGCUUUCUCCAGCAGCUUCGCGAUGCCACUCAUGUACAGGCAGAUGAACAAGAACUUCUCCAACAAACUCCAGCGGCUGCUCAGGAGGCUGCACUGUCGAGAUCAGUCCUGCCCUCACGAACGCUCAACAGUGCAGCAAGUGGUGACGUGAGGUCACCCCUGGGAGAUCACAGAUGCCCCUGCUAAACCCCCCCCCCCCCCC